AUGAAGCGAUAUAAACGUCAUAAGGUUAAGGCGGAAAUGCCAGAGACAUCAUCUUCCCGCACCCGGGAGCAGGAAGACCAUGAUCUGGCGUAUUACAUCCAUGAUCGUGUUGAGUUAAUGCACCAAGUAUUUUCAGUAUUAAAAUAUAAGGAAUUGAAUGCAAUGGCACCUUCUUGCGUUAGGAAUAUAUCAGUAGAUGAUCUCCAGGAGCUGUGUACCGAGGAGCUGUUAGGUAUAAGUUCCAAACGUCUCUGCUCAAUUCUGGACGGAGCUGAGCCACCAUCAGACACAGAGUCCUCGAGCCAGUCAGCUACAGAACAGCUAGAGACCAUAUCUUUAGAUUCUAUAUCUUCUGACGAGGAACUAUUAAGUCAAGAAAAAUGUAAAAAGAAAAAGCAUAAACACCGUGAUCGCAAUUCCAAAUCCAAGUCUAAACGCAAGUCUAGUGAUGUUGACAAUGAUGAAGAUGCAGAGAAAUCUAAGGCAUCCAGAGCUGGUCUCACGGUCCUGGAGCUAUUGGAACUGCAGGCGAGGGCCAGAGCUAUAAGGGCGCAACUACAACAAGAACAGAGCAAACCAGUCCCAGAGUCUGUAGCUGCACAGUCCACGCAAUCCACAAAAUCACAGUCAUCGGAGGAUGAAGUUGAGAUCAAAGAAGAGCCGGCAGAAAUAGUAGAGAUAAGCAGCGAUGAAGAGAAGCCCAAGAUUGAAGAGUUGGAGAAGAGUAAUCCUCAUUUAAAAUCACCAGAAAUGCAAUCAAAAACAGUCACCAAAAGGGUCAACGACCUCGUUAUCACUGUGCCUCAGCAGAAAACACAAAAAAUUAAAUUGAAUCGGAAUAAAACUAUACCACAAGAGACCAAUACUAAAAAUAGUACACAGGACAAGGGAAAUGCAGAAAAAUCGAAAGAAAUAGUGAAUAAGGGUAUAUCUAAAAAUACAACUAAUAUCGACAAGCCGAAGGAUGCAUCUAAAGGAAAAGAUAUAAGUAAAACAGAUAAAAAUAAAGAAAAAUUUAAAAAAAGUAAAAAAAAGCGAUUGUCUAAUGUCAGUGACAAUGAUGAAAUUACUCUACAGUUGUCAGAUACAGAAAAAAUGGACCUUUUAGAAGAUCUAGACCGAAAGAAUUAUGACAAUGUCAGUUCUGAUACGAGUUCAGGUUCAGAAUCAGAUAAAGACGUUGUUAAGAAAUCCGUUCGCAAACAUACAGAUAUACAAAAUGGAAAUACGUCUAAAGGCAGUAAAGAUGAAAUCCAAAAUCGAGAGAGAAAAAUAUCUAGUGAUGGUAGGAAAUCUGAAGAUGAUACAAAAGAAACUGUUGACUUAAAAGAAGAUAUUAGCGUUGAAAGUGAAAAUGCAGAAGACGAUAAAAGUCAAGACGUGGAAACAGACAGCGUUGAAACUAAAGAGACCGAAGCUAAAGAAAAUGAAAACUCGAAUAGCAUAAUUGAAGACGGUAAUUCUCAGAGUACUUCUCAUACUGAUGUAGAAAUCGUUGGGGAAAUAAAACCUGACGUUGCAGGUAAUGGUACAGAAACUAUUCAUGAUGAUGAUUCAACCAUCCAAAAUGACGAUUCAUCAUUAGCGGCUCCUACUGAAAGUAGUGAAAUACGUAGCAAAUCUCCAUCAAAAGUUGAUGAGCCUGCAUCUAGUCAAGAAAAUAUUCAUCAAGAAGAAUUGGAAAAGAAAGAGAAUGAAAACGAUCUAUCAGAAGGAGAAAUAUCCGACAGAGAAAGCUCAGAAGUUGAAGCAUUUGAUCUAAAACCGGAGGUAGUUUGUAUCUCAGAUGAAGAAGAAGGGAAGCACAAAAAGAAAAGAAAGAAAAAAGAGAAGAAAUCUAAAAAAGAUAAAAAGAAUAAGAAGAAGGAUUUUCGCGAGAGUAGUGAUCAAAAUUUUCACGAAAUAGUUGAUUGCGCUAAAAAUCCUCGUAUUACGAUUCUUGUCCCUUUUGAUCUCGAACGAGAAGUCGUUAUACAUAAAAAAAUGACUCAGGAUUCUACCCCAUGUCUUCUUUCAAAAGGCUUACAAAAAAGUACAGAACCAACUAAAUUAAGUACUGUUGAAAUUGAUCUGACUACAUCGGAGAAAUCUCAAGAUUGCUCUUCGGGUUCCAAGGAUAUAGAGAUUAUUUCAGCCAGUUCAGAUCCAGCUGAAACUCCAUCAGACAUUGACAAUCAAAAUAUUGAAGAUGACAGUCCAAAUGAGGUUGUGGAAAUUAGUGAUGAAGUGUACGAACUUUCAGACGACUCGUCCAAUGAUGAUGAAACUGAAACACAAAAUGUACUGUCAAAAGAACCGACAGCGGCUGAAAUAGAAGCUUUAUCGGCGAAAAUAGAUGAAAUAGAUAGAAUAGAUGUCAUCACGGAAGAAGAAAUAAAAGAAUAUGAGGCUAAACAUGAAGAAGAUAAAGCCAAAACGAUGUCGUGGAAAGAUAGAUACUUAGACAGCAAUAAAGUUAAGAGAGUGCUUAAUACAUCUAACAUAUUAAAUGCCUUAAGGAAGAAGAAUAGACAGUUGAAAAAGAGACUAGAAGAAUCGAAAGCAGAGACUCAAGGGACUGACGACCUAGUGCCGACUGCUCAAGAUGUACAAGAAGAAACAAAAGAGCCAGAAAUUGCAGAAGGAUCUAUAGAACAUUAUAAUACUUUAGAAGGUUCAACAAAAUUCGUCGAUCCCGUCAAAGAACCUCCAAUUACCGAUACAUUGAAAAAGGAUGCUAAACAAUUGCUUAAAAUGUAUAAAAAGCUACUUAAAUAUAACGAUAUGAGUAGAAAAAAGGAUCCUACAAAGAAAAAGAAGAAGAAAAAGAAAGAGAAGAAGGACAAGGAAUGUGAAGGUGGAGUUAAAGAUAAGGAAUCGCAAUAA